AACACCUUGACCAUCACCACCACCACCAUCAUCAUCUUCUGCAUCUGCUCCUGCUCAGCAUACUCUCCCACCACGCAGUCACACGUCUCCUCUGCAAUCGAUUGCUCCCAAGAUGGCGCCGUCCAUUGACGUCGCGUCAUCGUCUAGCUCGUCGGACCUCAACCCUCUGCCGAAGACGAUGGCUACGCCCAUGAGGAAACGCAAAGUGCCAGGGCAUGACGAGGCACCACCGUCCUCCUUCGCCGACACACUCAAGAAGCUCAAGGAAGAGGCUGAUGCCGUGGCAGGAGCAGUCGUCGACGAGGAAAGCAAGUGGCCGCGACCAGUCCUGGAGCCCAUCAUCCCGGAGGAAGAUGAGAUCACCUUCCAGCAAAUCGAUUGCGAGGAGCACCAAUUCCCUGGCUCAGCGCCCACUGUUCGCAUCUACGGUGUCACCAAAGAAGGUCACUCUGUACUGGUCCAUGUCAACUCCUUCCUGCCAUACUUCUUCAUUGCUGCCCCUCGCGGCUUUCGCCCAGCUGACUGCACCGAUUUUACCAACCAUCUCAAUUCCCUCUUCGGAUCGUCCUCUGCCAACGCCGCGAGGGCAGUAGAAGCCACCGAGAUGGUAGCUCGCAAGUCACUCAUGGAGUACAGGGGCGAUGAAGACGUUGCCUUUGUCAAGAUCACAUGUGGGGAGAUUAGGGCACUGCAGAGGAUCAGGGGGUCCAUGGAGCGAGGCGAGGUCUCCUUCCGGGACAUGAUGAGCGCAGGAGACAGCGUCUUGACGUACGAGAACAUCGCCUACACUCUGCGAUUCAUGAUCGAUCACAAGAUUGUUGGGAUGAACUGGCUGACGCUCAAGGCAAAUCAAUAUCAUCUUCGAGAGGACUCACGCAAGCUUUCCCUUUGUCAAAUCGAGGCAGAUUGCCCCGCAGAGGCGAUCAUCUCCCACGCGCCUGAAGGCGAAUGGUCAGAUGUAGCUCCUCUUCGAAUCCUGUCAUUCGACAUUGAAUGUGCUGGCAGGAAAGGUAUCUUUCCCGAUGCCACAAUUGAUCCAGUCAUUCAGAUUGGGUGCAUGGUGACCAGACAAGGAGAAUCAACGCCCUUUGUCAGGACCAUCUUCACACUCAACACCUGUGCCACCAUCGUCGGCUCCCAUGUGCAGUCCUUCGAUUCGGAAACCAAGAUGCUAGAGUCUUGGGCAGACUUCGUGAGGACCAUCGAUCCAGACGUAGUCGUGGGCUACAAUAUCGCCAACUUCGAUUUCCCUUACCUCCUCGACAGAGCCAAGACGCUGAAGAGUGCCAAAUUCCCCUAUCUGGGCAGAGAAAGAGGCACUCGAACAGAGGCAAAAGAUACCCACUUCUCUUCGAAGGCGUACGGUACCCGUGACUCCAAGAACACCGAAUUGCAAGGCCGACUGCAGCUCGAUAUGCUGCAAGUGAUGCAACGAGAUCACAAAUUGCGAAGCUACUCACUCAAUAGCGUCUCUUUCGAGUUCCUUGGGGAACAGAAGGAGGAUGUGCAUCACUCGCUGAUCACUGAGCUCCAGAACGGUGGACCCGAGUCGCGAAGGAGACUGGCUGUGUAUUGUCUCAAAGAUGCCUACCUUCCCCAACGCUUGAUGGACAAGCUUAUGUGCUUCAUCAACUACGUAGAGAUGGCUAGGGUCACGGGCGUCCCGUUCAACUACCUGCUCUCACGCGGGCAGCAGAUCAAGGUCAUCUCCCAGCUCUUCCGCAAGGCGAUGGAGGACGGCUAUCUGGUACCGUCCAUGAAGAGUGAAGGUUCAGACGAGGCUUACGAAGGAGCCACGGUGCUGGAGCCUCAGGCUGGCUACUAUGACAAGCCCGUGGCGACGCUGGAUUUCGCCUCUCUGUAUCCUUCGAUCAUGAUGGCUCACAAUCUCUGCUACACCACGUUGCUGCAAAAGACCACAAUCGAUAGACUCGGGCUCAAGAAGGACGUAGACUACGUCCUCACGCCCAACAACAACUACUUUGUCAAGGCUGAGAAGCGCAAAGGUCUGCUGCCGACCGUUCUCGAGGACUUGCUCAGCGCCCGUAAAAGAGCUAAAGCUGAUUUGAAGAAGGAGACGGAUCCCUUCAAGAGAGCCGUGCUUGAUGGUCGUCAGUUGGCUCUGAAAAUCUCAGCCAACUCCGUAUAUGGUUUCACGGGAGCCACCAUCGGAAAGCUGCCCUGUCUAGAGAUCUCAAUGUCAGUCACAGCCUAUGGUCGACAGAUGAUCGAAUCUACAAAGGCUCACGUGGAAGCGCGCUACACCAUCGCCAAUGGAUACGAGCACGACGCGGAGGUCAUUUACGGAGAUACGGACUCUGUGAUGGUCAAGUUCGGUGUCAGCGACCUGAAGAGGUGUAUGGAUCUGGGAGCCGAGGCCGCUGGAGAGGUCAGCAAGACCUUCAUCAAACCCAUCAAGCUCGAGUUCGAGAAGGUCUACUACCCGUAUCUGCUCAUCAGCAAGAAACGAUAUGCUGGUCUGUACUGGACCAGGCCUGACCGCUACGACAAGAUGGACACCAAGGGUAUUGAGACUGUCCGACGAGACAAUUGCCGUCUGGUGCAGAGUGUCAUUGACACGAGUCUCCGUAAGAUGCUCAUUGACCGGGACGUGGUGGGUGCAGAAGAGUACGUCAAGCGGGUGAUCCAAGAUCUUCUGCAGAACAAAGUGGACAUGUCGCAGCUUGUCAUUACAAAAGCUCUUUCGAAAGCUGAUUAUGCGGGCAAACAAGCUCACGUAGAAUUGGCAGAGAGGAUGCGCAAGAGAGAUGCUGGUAGUGCACCGGCCCUAGGUGAUCGAGUGGCCUAUGUCAUCAUCAAGGGCGCUAAAGGAGCUGCCGCCUACGAGAAGUCCGAAGACCCCCUGUUCGUACUGGAGAACAACAUUCCGAUCGACACAAGGUACUAUCUGGAGAAUCAGCUGAGCAAGCCGCUGAUGAGGAUCUUUGAGCCGAUCAUGGGUUCUCGCUCCAGCUCUUUGCUCAAUGGAGAUCAUACUCGCUCCGUUGUUCAGGCCUCGUCAUCCGUAGGCUCGCUGAUGAAGUUUGCUGUCAAGACGGCGCAAUGUCUGGGCUGCCGAACGCCGCUGAAGGAUCCGAUGUCGGCGGUGUGUCCGAAUUGCAAGCCUCGGCUGAGCGAGAUCUACUAUGGCAAGCUGAGCCAAGCCUCAGCGUUUGAAGUCGAAUUCGCACGCCUUUGGGUUUGCUGCCAACGAUGUCAGAGCUCGCUGGCUAGCGAUGUCAUUUGCACGAACAAGGACUGCCCGAUCUUCUUUAAGAGGAAGAGGGCGCAGAAGGAUGUGGAAGACGCGGUCAAGCAGUUGAGCCGUUUUGACACGACAUGGUAGGGAAGGAGGUCGCCAAGUUGUAGCGGUAGGCGCAGAGGUUUGCAGAGCAGAAAUGAUUGCGGUAUCCUUCCUCGCCUUCUCGUUCGAGAUCAGUCUGUAUCCUCUCAAACGCCAAGAACUCUCAAGCUACCGUCUACCAGUUCUGCGUGGGUGUGUGCUUGAGUGCCCUGCUUUACUUUUCUUGUGCUUCCGAUCCGAUGAUUUUCGGAAAGGGUCGAGGCCAAAUUCUGGGGUGCAUUGCAAUGGCGAAGCGAGG